UUUGUUGGAUUUGCUGUUGUUGCUCCAAAAUUUGAUCCCAACGACCAGCAAAUUGCUACCAUGAGAGCAAUGUCUCUUAUCCUAAUGGCAUCUCGUUUGGGUUUGACCAUCGAGUAUGGAAGUAUCCUGUGGCACGUUAGAAAAUUCAAGAACGUCCAUAUUGCCUUCUAUGCCCAAAUGUCCAUUCACUUCAUCGCUGCCAUGAUAUACCUCGGAAUCACCUUCCGAUUCACCCAUUCGCACGAGAGUAGAGUGUUCAUUACAUGGUAUGUCGUCGGUGUCUUGGAAGUCCUAACGACUUUUGGAGCAGCGAUAUUCUUCCCAGUCCUCGGUCUUUCCAAAACACACCUUAUGAAUCGGUUGUUUCUCUUGACUGUUAUCAUCCUCGGUGAAAGUAUCGUUGUCCUGGCGGAUAAAGUGGUCAUCAUCGUCGAGGCCCCUGAUUCCUGGGACGCUUCUAUUAUUGGAAUCCUGGUUGCCGGCGUGGCGACAACUUACAUGGUCUUCUUGGUCUACUGGGACUGGAUGAAGUCGGCAUAUCUCCCACCCUUGCGCCAAAUGAUCUGGACUAUGAUUCAUUUCCCGUUCCACCUUGCUCUCGUCCUCUUCAUGCAAGGAUUUACACAGUUCAUCCAGUGGUCCAAGGUCAUCGACGUGCUGAACAACUUGUCAACCAACUGGCUCAUAUUUGACCCGGAUAGGCUGGCCCAUGCUACCAGCGAACAGGUGCAGCAAAAUAUGACGAAAGAACUCAGGACAUUUUUCGAGUCAUAUCCGCCAAAAUAUUCGGAUACCGGCGACCUCAUUACUGAGGCUGUUGCUAAUAUAACGGAUAUCUCCAAUUCCUUCUGGCCCAAAUUGGCAAAGGCCUUUGCUUCAGACGACUACGAGUUGCCGGAGGACAAAAACCUGGACUUGCUCAGUACCAUUUUGGAGGCCUUAUUCACCGCAAUGGAUAAUAGCGUCUUCUCAACAUUUGAGAUUGAUCUUGAAGGAGAAGCUCUCAAAGAAAGUCGGGAGAAGGGCGGCGAGGACGGUAAUCAGUCAGCUGCCCAAUUUGCAGCCCAGGUGGACGAUGCAACCUGGGAGCGAUAUAACCUAGUGUUUACGUAUGGUUACAUCGCAGCCGGUGCUUGCCUUGCACUGAUGGUACUUCUCUCAAUAGUUGCACGCGUGACCCCUUGGAAGCCUUGGCCUGUGAUUCGAUCAAUUGUUUACUUCCUUCUGGCGCUUGGCAUGGGUCUUGUUGCUCUGCUAAACCUCAACGAGGAUAAGCUGGACACGUAUCUGAGCACUCCUUGGCUUCUGCCCACACUUUGCAUUGCUUGGACAGUUGUUCUUCUUCUCACACAUAUUCACCACGACAUUCCCCUUUUCUUCAACCGACGGAGCCCUGUACCAGGACGCCGUGGGUCCAAUGGAUCCAAGUCAAACAGCGAUUCUGAGCAUGCUCAGCCGAUGGUUAGCAACAUGGAAGGGGCAACUUCCUACACAGGAGCAUCGGGAACGCCCUACGGAUAUCAGCCAGCACCUCAGCCUCAUCCUGGGAGUGAAUAUGUCUGA